GCCGGGUUUCGCAAUGUGGGGUUGAGUCCUGCGCGGGGUAUGUUGGCUGCGGACCCGCCGCCCCCGCCCGGGGUGGGGGGGCGGCUGAAUGCGAGGCUUUCGGAUGCUGGGGCGCGGCCGCCUAGCGGGAGGUGAGGAGGGGGGGAAGAGGGAGGGGGAGGUGGAGGUGUAUAGGAAGGGGGAAGGAGAUGGAGGAGGAGAAGGGGGAGGAAGGAGAAGGUGUACCAAAACCCAACCCAGACACCAGCAGCAGGAGGAAAGGAAGGGAAUUGGCAGGGUAGAGGAGAGGAGGGGGGGUCCUGAGGAUACCGGUAGGCUUUUGUCGGUGCGGUUGGCUGUGGACGGGGCGGAGUUGCGGUUGGGGAGGCUGACGCAAGAGCUGGUUGGAGAGCGCUGGGGGGCAGCAAGAGAUUCCCGUGAUGCAGCAGCAGGCGAUGUGGGGGAAAAAGAAAUUCCAAAGUGUGGUAUGUGGGGGAGGGGCACACGGCGUGCAUGGAAUGUGUUUUUGCCCGUUUGUUGGUGCACCUUUCGUCUUUGACCGGUGUUGAAAUGUACAGGGUACGCAGGUUGGGACACGCAUGACAUGCUUUGUGGAUAUGAUGCAGAACACAGCAGUCCGUGUCAGCAAGGCACGGGUUUGCGCUUGGACAACUUAACGCCGUGCGCGUUUGCUUGAUCAUCGUGGCUUUUCCCGUCGGUUGGUCGAGGUUGGUUGGCAGGUUGUUGGGGUUUGCUGGCCAGUGUUAGGGCGGAGUCAAAGCCAAAAGUCCGGACGUAAUCAUAUGAUCGAUCAGGCCUCUUGGAUUCCACAUCCUGACUCAAGUCCUGCCGUACCGUUUAGUGGCACCACAUCCGCAGCGUGUGCGGUGUCGUAUUGGGCAUGCAGCGUGUAGUGGUACGGAGUUAAGGGGCUUGCGACAUGGUUUUGGUGCCAGGGCUGAUGCGGUGGGUGGGAGCGGUUUGUGAUGUAUCCCCUUCACCUCCUCGCCUUGAAACCCGCAAGGUGAUCUGGUAUCAGUCAAGCCUUAUUACUUGAUACCAGUGAAUGGGACGAUAACGGGUCUUACGUGAGUGAUAAAUUGCGUGUGCAUGUGUGGAAGCGACUGAUGUUAGGAGCAGCUGUAGCUGCGGUGCGCCACUUGGAUAUGCUGCCCUCUUGACGUGAUGGUGACCUGCACUUCUCCACAAGCGGAUAUGAGGUAAUACGUUUAUUUUGGACGUUUACUGUACAUGACAUCUAGGAUACAUGACAUGAACGGUACGGCUUUUGCGACAUCCGUGUCCCACGGGCCCUGGGCGCGAUGGUUAAUGAUGGACACACCGUACACCUCCAUACAUGGCUUACUGGUUAUGUGCGCCAAGAAAUAUGGUCUGCAUUGCGAUUAGCAUGUGUCUCGGUCAGUUCGUAAGGUUUUGUCCACCUGCCUUGUGAUCCAACCGUGAGGACCAGCCAAGCACGGGCGUAAAAGUAGUAAAGGGUUGAUAGUGUCUGCCUUUCAGCAAAAAACACAAUUGUAAACGCGCGGAGAUCGGACCUUCACUAGCUCUAUCUAACUGCCGGUUGCCGUGGGCCCUUUGCGCUCAUUGACCUUACCAAUGUGUUCCCCUUAGAAGAACCUAGGCGUAGCCUAACAGGGUCUAGCAUCAGAAAUGCCCUAGCACUGAGGUUACUGAGAUGAACCAACUGAUAGCGCCAUAGCCACUUUAUCCAGACAUUUACUCAUUUGCCAAAUUGCCAGCGCAUCGCAGCCAACAACAUAGAAACUGUAUCGGUAGUUAAGAAAAAUGCUGUGCAGCUUACGCAGCCGGCAAGGGUGCCAACAGCGGUUGACGCAAGGAUAUUAUUGUCGUGGCUUAUCCUUGCGCCCAGUGCUUGCGCGCCCAGCCAUCGAUGGCUGGCGCGAAUACUUUUCGGAUUUAGGUCCAACAGCUAGCGAACAAUUCUUUUCAGAAAGCGAUGAAGAACCCUUAACAUCUGCUGCUGGCGAGCGAUUCUCAUCUGUCAACUUUAGCAACGGAGUCCUGCGGCGACGCCAGGGCUCCUCCUGGUCUGCGCGCGAAAAGGGAGCCGAGGACAGCGACACCGACUAUCUGCGCGACAUCGGCGCGAAGCAGCUGUACAACAUCAAUGUCGACCAUGGUCAGAAUGUGGCCCACAUAGACAGCCUGUUCGCAGGAGAGGUGCUGGGCCGCCGCUCUGACAUCGCGGAUGGCUCGCUGCGCGCAACUGACUUCCGUACCUUCAACAACAUCGUGGGGGACUACUACGUGGCGCCCGCCUUCCUGGAGAAAGUGGCGCUCCACAUGGCUAAGAACUACCUGUACGACAUGGGGGCGCUACCCGGCAACGUGCGGGUGCCGCUCAUCCUGGGCAUCUGGGGCGAGAAGGGCAUGGGCAAGACCUUUCAGACGGAGCUGGCACUCAAGAAACUGGGGGCUGAGACGGUGGUGAUGAGUUCCGGCGAGUUGGAGCACGAAUGGGCUGGCACCCCGGGCAAAUUCAUACGGGAGAGGUACCGCAAGGCCAGUGAGAUGAGCAAGGUGCGCGGCAAGAUGACGGCGCUGCUGAUCCAUGACAUCGACGCGGGGCUGGGGCACUUCGACCAUGUGCAGGUGACGGUCAACAACCAGAUCGUGAUCGGCACGCUCAUGAACCUGUGUGACAACCCCAACGUGGUGUCCACCGGGGGUGACUGGCGGGUGGCGGAGGGGCGCAUCCGCCGCACGCCCAUCAUCGUCACGGGCAACGACUUCUCCAAGAUGUUUGCCCCGCUCAUCCGGGACGGUCGCAUGGACAAGUUCUACUGGCGGCCCAGCCGGGGGGACCUGGUGGCCAUCCUGGCGCACAUGUUCAAGGAGGACGGGGUGGGGGAGGGGGAGGUGCGCGCGCUGCUGGACCGCUUCCCCCGGCAGCCGCUAGACUUCUUCGGGGCGCUGCGGGCCUCGGUGUACGACAACCAGAUCCGGGAGUGGAUCCAGCGGGACAUCACAGGCCAGCAGUCGCUAGCCCAGGACGGCAACCUCUCGGCCCUGCAAUCCGUGCUGCUGGGUCGUGACAAGUCGCGGCUGCCGAGAUUCGAGCCCAUGCGGCUCAGCCUGGAUGCGCUGGUGACUGCGGGCAUGCGGCUCGAGGCGGAGCAGCAGCGGGUGAUGGAUCUGAAGCUGUCCGCUGAGUACCUGACGCAUGUGGGGCGGAAGGAGAGGAAGGAGGA